UAAUAAUGAACUUAAUUUAGCUAAUCCUUUUGGUGUUUUUCUUGGAUCAAUCGCCCCUCUAACUUUUAGUUUUCUUUUUGGACAAAAGUCAAGCAGUCCACAACAAACAGAAUUACUCAUUCUCUAUGUGAAUUUACUUUUGAUGAUACUUUCUGCAUUUACAAUGAUAUUUUGUUUACUUGUCACAAGACAAAAGCCAUCAACCCCACCUUCAGCUUCUUCAGAUUGUGAUAAACCCGAAUUUUCUAACGGACUUUUUAUUUUAUUUAAUUCUCGUACUUUUCUUAUUCAAACACUUACUUUUGGAAUGGCUUUUGCCCUUCAAUGGUCAAUCUUCUUUACUGCUUCCAAACAACUUGUAGUUUUAGGUUUUGACAACAAUAAAAUAAAUUCUGGUGACCUUCUAGCUUCUUCUGCUUUUGCUGGCACUCUUUCUACUAUUUUUGGUGGUUGGAUAGUUGACCGUACUAAAAAAUUCAAUGAAUUUAUUAAAUGUUCAUAUAUUGGAAUUGCCAUUACUGCAACUUCAUUGAAUUUUGUAAGAAAUAUUCGAUGGAGGGUUGGCGAAUUCUGGGAAAUCUUUUGA